AUGGCGAUCAUUGGAGACGCAUUGCGUCAGGCGUUUAUGCCGAAACAAGAGUACGAGAGUCUCAGGGAAGAAGAUAGAGCUUGGAUUAAGCUUCAGAGGCUGAUAGUAACGUCGAUCGUGGCUUUACUUUGCUUCGUCAUCUUCACUUGUACGAUCGUCAGCUUGAAAAUCGUCUUUCCUUGGAAUGUUCUAAAGAGACCAUUUUGUAGCGAUGUAAAGCUACAGCCUUUGCCUAUCUAUGGCAAAGCUCGUGAUUCCGAUUUGUUUCCCGGUGCUUUUUACUUGACGGAUCAAGAAACUGUGGAUUUCUACUGGAUGGUUGUUUUUGUUCCUUCGACCAUAAUCUUUCUUGUGUCCUCUGUUUAUCUUGUAGCAGGAAUUUUUGUGGCUUAUUCCGCUCCUCACCGUCAUGGGUUUUUAAAAGUCGUUGAAAAUAGCUACUGUGCUUCAAGAAGAGGUGGGGUGCGUUGCCUGUCAAUUCUGAAUGUCGUGUUUGCUAUCAUCUAUGGUCUCCUCGCUAUAUUUCUCGGCUCAAGCCUCCUGACGCUAGGAAGCAGCUGUUCUGUGCCAUUGUUUUGGUGCUAUGAAAUUUCUUCAUGGGGUUUGGUAAUCUUGUAUGCGGGAACUGCUUUCUCCCUUAGAAGAAGAACAGCUUUAACUAUUGACGAAGGAGGAGAGUUUGGGAACAGAAGUCAUCAGGGCUUGGAAAUGCUUGAAGCCGAUCCUUUGGAAUUCACACCAGAUGUUGAAAGACGAGUGAACGAGGGGUUUAAAGGAUGGAUGGGUCAAUCUUCUGAUGAAGAAGACGAACGAGUUUUACAAUGA